AUGGCUGCUCAUAUAAAACCAGGCGUCGGGCUUCUCCCUGGUGAUGGAGGAAUUGAGACUUUAAUCCGCGGUGGUAGUGUUUUGCGUCGCUACUGCUUGCACAGACGGCGGAAGGGGGGAGGGGGAUUUGAGCCGCCGCUGGCUACAACCUCGACUAGUCGCCAUCCUGCUGGUGGGCCGCUGCGCGCUUUCCGGAGGCCCAGGCCAGGGCCCUGCCCCCCUCCUUCCUGCCAGAGCCGUGGCGGCUCUCUCGCUGCUCUGCCAGGCCCAGGCUCUGUCUGUCUCUCGUCAUGGCCGUCUCCAGGCUUGAUCGUCUCUUUAUCUUAUUGGACACUGGCACAACACCAGUAACCAGGAAAGCCGCUGCACAGCAACUGGGGGAGGUUGUGAAGCUUCAUCCACAUGAGCUAAAUAAUCUCUUGGCUAAAGUACUGAUACACUUAAGGAGUACAAACUGGGAUACCCGCAUUGCAGCUGGUCAAGCUGUAGAAGCAAUAGUGAAAAAUGUACCUGAAUGGAAUCCAGCUCCACGACCAAAACAAGAAUAUGGCUGUGAAAGUCUGAUGGAAGAGUUAUCUACCUCGGAUCGUCUGCGCUUUGACAGAUUUGAUAUCUGCCGACUUUUAAAACAUGGUGCUUCUCUUCUUGGGUCUGCUGGUGCAGAGUUUGAAGUUCAAGAAGACACAUCUGGUGAAGUUGAUCCUAAAGAGAGGAUAGCACGACAGAGAAAACUGCUCCAAAAGAAACUUGGCCUUGAUAUGGGUGCAGCAAUUGGAAUGAAUACAGAAGACCUGUUCAAUGAUGAGGAUUUGGACUACACUCCUGCUUCGUCAUUUCUGGUACACAAACAACCUGUAGGUAAAACUUCAAGCUGUUUCACUACAAGGACUUAUACAACUCUUCAAGCUGCUGAAUUGAUUGAUUCUGAAUUUCGAGCUGGUAUGAGUAACAGACAAAAGAAUAAGGCUAAAAGAAUGGCCAAGUUGUUUGCAAAGCAGAGAUCAAGAGAUGCUGUAGAAACCAGUGAGAAGAGUAAUGAUAGCACUGACGGUGAACCAGAAGAAAAGAAAAGAAAAAUUGCAAAUGUUAUCAUCAGUCAACCUGCAACUGACUCCAGACUUUUGGUAGAGAAUAUUCCAGAAGAGACAAAUGAAUGGCCUCUAGAAAGUUUUUGUGAAGAAGUGUGCAAUGACCUUUUUAACCCCUCAUGGGAGAUUCGGCAUGGUGCAGGUAUUGGACUGAGAGAAGUGCUUAAAGCUCAUGGGAAAAGUGGAGGUAAAAUAGGAGACAGCACUCUAGAAGAGAUGACUCAGCAACACCAAGAUUGGCUGGAAGACUUGGCUAUCAGGCUUCUUUGUGUGUUUGCAUUAGACAGAUUUGGUGAUUUCGUUUCAGAUGAAGUUGUAGCACCAGUACGAGAAACUUGUGCUCAGACUUUAGGAGUAGUGCUGAAAUACAUGAAUGAAAGUGGAGUUCAUAAAACUGUGGCUAUCCUGCUAAAAUUACUUGCACAGGAGCAGUGGGAAGUGAGACAUGGUGGUCUACUAGGAAUAAAGUAUGCUCUGGCAGUUCGUCAGGAUUUAAUUGAAACUUUAUUGCCUAAAGUCCUACCUGCCAUAACAGAAGGUCUGCAAGAUCUGGAUGAUGAUGUUAGAGCUGUUGCCGCAGCUUCUUUGGUACCAGUAGUGGAAAGCCUUGUCCACCUUCAGCCAGAGAAAGUGCCCUCUAUUCUUAAUAUACUAUGGGAUGCACUAAUGGAUUUGGAUGACCUCACAGCUUCCACAAAUAGCAUCAUGAUCCUUCUUUCUUCCCUUUUGACAUAUUCUCAGGUUCGAAAAUGCAGUAUUCAGCAGUCACUCUCAGUUCUGGUACCACGUGUAUGGCCAUUUUUACAUCAUACAAUAUCUUCUGUUCGAAAAGCUGCAUUAGAAACUUUGUUUACUCUGUUGUCUACUCAUGAUCAGAGUUCUGCAGUCUGGCUUACUCCCAUUUUGCAAGACAUGUUAAGACAUAUCUUUCAGUUUUGUAUAUUAGAAAGUAAUCAGGAAAUUCUGGAACUAAUACAUAAGGUGUGGCUUGAAUUGUUAAGCAAGGCAUCUCUACAGUAUGUUGUAGCAGCAGCAUGUCCAUGGAUGGGAGCCUGGCUCUGCUUAAUGAUGCAACCUUCUCAUUUGCCCAUUGAUUUAAAUAUGUUGCUAGAAGUGAAAGCCAGAUUUAAGGAAAAGACCGGUGGCAAGGUGCGGCAAGGGCAAACCCAGACUAAAGAAGUAAUACAAGAAUACAUUGCUGGUGCAGAAAGUAUUACUGAGGAUGCAGUAACCAGAGAUUAUGUUGUUAUGAGAGCCCGGAUAAUGGCUGCAAAAUUGCUAGGAGCACUCUGCUGCUGCAUUUGUGAUGAAAGUCUGAAUGCCAUUUCUCAAGAAAUAAAGCCAGCUGAAUCACUAGCCCAACUAUUGCUUUUCCACUUGAAUUCUAAGUCUGCUUUGCAGCGGUUUAGUGUUGCAUUAGUAAUUUGUGAGUGGGCUGCCUUGCAAAAGGAAAGUAAAGUAGUGGCUCUUUCUGUCCAGUCACGUUUACUUGGUGUCCUUUCGGAACAUCUUUACUAUGAUGAAAUUGCUGUUCCCUUCACCCGAAUGCAAAAUGAAUGUAAACAACUCAUCUCCUCAUUCACUGAUGCAAACAUUGACAUAACCAGCAAAGUUAACUGCAGUGUGUUUACAAUAGAUCAAGCUAAUGAAUUGGUCACUACUAUUUUUAGUGAAGUUAUAUCUUCUCUUAAUCUAAAUGCAAAAGUUUUACAGCAACUAGAAAGCAAACGACAACAAGUUCUAAUGACUGUUGCAGAAACAAAUCAGGAAUGGCAAACAUUGCAACUGAGAGUGCACACUUUUACUGCCUGUGCUGUUGUGAACUUGGGACAGCUUCCAGAAAAAUUAAACCCUAUCAUAAAACCACUGAUGGAGGCUGUGAAGAAAGAAGAGAAUACAUUAGUACAAAACCAUUCAGCUUUGUGCAUAGCAAAGUUACUUCAGCAGUGCACAACAAGAUCUCCAUGUCCCAACUCAAAGAUAAUAAAAAAUCUUUGCAACUCACUCUGUGUUGAUCCACAUCUUACUCCUUUAGCAACAUGUCCUGCGCAACCCCAGAGCAGCCAUGAAAACUCAAAAGGAUCUGUUUCUGAAAGAGAUGGAAUGCAUCACACAGUCACCAAGCAUAGAGGUAUAAUUACACUUUACAGGCAUCAAAAAGCUGCAUUUGCUAUCACAAGUCGACGAGGUCCUACACCAAAGGCCCCCAAAGCCCAAAUUGGAGAUUUACCUACCAGCAGUAGUGGAAACCUAACCCCAGAGCUUGAUGAAGCUCAAAAGCCCUAUAUUGUUCAAAGAAGAGGGGCAGAAUUUGCUCUGUCCACUAUUGCCAAGCAUUUUGGUGGUGAAAUGGCAGUGGGCUUGCCUCAUCUCUGGGAUGCCAUGAUUGGUUCUUUAAGGAACAAUAUUGACAUUAACAGCUUUGAUAGAAAAUCACUAUUGGAAAAAGGAGACGGACCAGCCCAGGAACUGGUGAACUCUCUACAGGUUUUUGAAACAACCGCAGCUUCUAUGGAUGCUCAACUUCACCCUUUGUUGAUACAGCACUUGCCUUAUCUUUGUAUGUGCCUACAACAUCCUUACACUGCAGUGCGACAUAUGGCUGCUCGUUGUGUAGGUGUAAUGAGCAAAAUAGCUACCAUAGAAACAAUUAACAUUUUCUUGGAAAAGGUCCUUCCUUGGCUGGGAGCAAUAGAUGACAGCACUAAGCAAGAGGGUGCAAUUGAAGCUCUUGCCUCUGUAAUGGAGCAGCUAGAUGUUGGAAUUAUUCCCUACAUAGUUCUACUUGUGGUCCCAGUUCUGGGCAGAAUGAGCGAUCAGACGGAUAGCGUGCGUUUCAUGGCCACUCAGUGCUUCGCAACCCUAAUUAGAUUGAUGCCUCUUGAGGCUGGCAUUCCAGACCCACCAGAUAUGUCUGAAGAUUUAAUCAAAAUUAAAGCCAAGGAGCGUCAUUUUCUGGAGCAAUUAUUAGAUGGGAAAAAACUAGAAAACUAUAAAAUUCCAGUACCAAUUAAAGCAGAACUCAGAAAAUAUCAGCAGGAAGGUGUAAAUUGGUUGGCUUUUCUCAAUAAAUACAAGCUUCAUGGUAUCCUUUGUGAUGAUAUGGGCUUAGGAAAAACCCUGCAAUCCAUCUGUAUUCUCGCAGGAGAUCACUGUCUCAGGGCCCAAGAAUAUGCAAGAACUAAAAUGGCUGAUUGUGUUCCUCUCCCAUCCUUGGUGGUUUGCCCUCCUACCCUUACAGGCCAUUGGGUAGAUGAAGUGGGUAAAUUUUGUUCCAAAGAAUAUUUGAAUCCUUUGCAUUACACUGGCCCUCCCACAGAAAGGGCAAGGCUACAACACCAUGUUAAAAGACACAACUUAAUUGUAGCUUCCUAUGAUGUUGUGAGAAAUGACAUUGAUUUCUUUAGAAAUAUUAAAUUUAACUACUGCAUUCUUGAUGAAGGCCAUGUCAUAAAAAAUGGAAAAACAAAACUGUCAAAAGCAAUAAAGCAAUUGACUGCCAAUUAUAGGAUUAUACUCUCUGGGACACCAAUUCAGAACAACGUCUUAGAACUGUGGUCACUGUUUGACUUCCUUAUGCCAGGAUUUUUGGGUACUGAGCGCCAAUUUGCAGCUCGAUAUGGCAAACCCAUAUUAGCAAGUAGGGAUGCCAGGAGCUCCAGUCGAGAACAGGAGGCAGGUGUGCUUGCAAUGGAAGCAUUGCACAGGCAAGUCCUGCCAUUUUUGUUGAGAAGAAUGAAAGAAGAUGUGCUACAAGAUCUUCCACCAAAAAUUAUUCAAGACUAUUACUGCAUCCUCAGUCCUCUACAGGUUCAGCUUUAUGAAGAUUUUGCCAAAUCACGUGCCAAAUGUGAUGUGGAAGAAACUGUUUCAGCAGCUUCACUCACUGAGGAGACUGAAAAGCCAAAGCUUAAAGCUACAGGACAUGUAUUUCAGGCAUUGCAGUAUUUAAGGAAACUUUGCAACCAUCCAGCAUUAGUUUUAACUGUCCAUCAUCCUGAACACAAGAGAAUCACGGAAAAGCUGGCAACUGAGAAUUCUUCCCUUCGAGACAUUCAGCAUGCCCCCAAACUCUCUGCUUUAAAACAGUUGCUGCUGGAUUGUGGCUUGGGCAAUGGCGGUUCCUCAGAAAGUGGUACAGAAACCAUAGUUGCACAACACAGGAUACUAAUCUUCUGCCAACUCAAGAGCAUGCUGGAUAUAGUAGAGUAUGACCUUCUCAAGCCCCAUUUGCCCUCCAUUACCUAUCUGCGAUUGGAUGGCAGCAUACCUGCUGGUCAGAGGCAUUCCAUCGUUUCACGGUUUAACAAUGACCCAUCCAUAGAUGUUCUCUUGCUUACUACCCAUGUUGGUGGACUGGGUCUUAACUUAACUGGAGCUGAUACAGUGGUAUUUGUUGAACAUGACUGGAAUCCAAUGAAAGACCUCCAAGCAAUGGAUCGAGCACAUCGCAUUGGGCAGAAACGAGUUGUUAAUGUUUAUCGCUUGAUAACAAGGGGAACAUUGGAGGAAAAAAUAAUGGGUCUGCAGAAGUUCAAAAUGAAUAUUGCCAAUACUGUGAUUAGUCAAGAGAAUACCAGUCUGCAAAGCAUGGGGACAGAUCAGCUCCUUGACCUCUUCACUCUUGACAAGGAUGGAAAAUCAGAAAAAUCGGAUGGUGCCACUUCUGCUUCUGGAAAAACAAGUAUGAAGUCAGUUCUUGAAAAUCUUGGAGACCUUUGGGAUCAAGAACAGUAUGAUUCAGAAUAUAGUCUUGAAAAGUUUAUGCACUCACUCAAAUAACCAUUCUUGAUACAAUGGCUGGUAGCUGGCAUUUUGAGCUGAUAUUCAGCAAAUUUCAAAGCAUUUAUAGAGGACCUCUAGCAUAACAUCAUACAUAUGGAAAAAUAGGAGGGAGAAUUCAUGCAUUCAAUGGAGCCACCUUCUUCCCUUCUAGAUAGUUAAGUCUUAAAUACUUGCAUUGUGGAAGUAAACUAUAAGAUAGAUCUGAAUUUCCAGAAUAGCUAUGAAUUCUGACUUGAUAGAAAAUAAAACCUAGCAGGUUUUGCACAUGUUGAUAAGUGUUACUUCUCUUUAUGAAAUAUGUCUAUCAUUCCCCCAUUUCUGAAACUAAAAUGACUUGUACAGAUUGUUUUGAGUAUUUUGUUCUUUUAAACCUAGCUUGCUUUAAUUAUAUACUUUAAGAAUGUUCAAUUCAACAUGUUACAGCAAUGUUUAGUUCACUUACUGAUGUAUGUUGACAUAAAGGCGAAGCCAACCAUCCCAGAAGAUUAUUGGGGAAUUAAAUGAAAUGUCAAGUAUUAAAGUUCCCAUCUUUAUAUAUAUUUAAGUGUGUGGUGCUCUUCAGUCUUCUGACAUUUUCAGAGCAGUAGACUUUUUAAUAGGAAUUACAGGCAAUGGCUUAAUUUUUGCCAUUUUCACAUCCUGUUUAGAGGAUGUCAUUUUUAAAUUUGUGUGUGUGUAUAUAAAUAUGUGUGUACAUAUAUAUAUGUAUAUGGCUACAGCAUAGCCCCGUUCAGAGAGAUAAGUAAGCAGUAGGUUUCAAUCCUAUAAUUUUUGUAACUAAAAAAUAAACUAUAUAAAGAGAUUUUCCAGCAGAAGAUCUUAUAAAAUUGAAAAUCUAUGCUGGAAAGACUCUCUAAUGCACUAGAGCAUGAACCUCUGAAAAUGGUAGAGGGGAAAUGCUUUAUUUAGUAAUCCAGAUAUAAACAUUGAGCUGUAUCCGGUGUUAGUCCUACUUAAAGCAGGUUCAUUGAAAUGGACUUAGUCUAAUAUUGGGUACAAUCUAUGUUACAUAGAAAUGCCUACAUGCAUCAGAGGGAAUGAAAUGUUUGAGCAGAAAUCAUGUAAAACAAAUUUGAGGAGGCUGUUAUAAAGAAGAUUAAGAAUAAUAACAGUUGUACAUAUUUUUAAAAGUGUCUUAAAGGGAGUAAGUGGUGACAUAUGUCCGUGCAUAGGUGUGCAUGUCUGUACCAAAAGCAUACAAAUGCAUUUUUCUAAAUAUAUUAAAGCAAACCUACAUAAGCUGUCUAAAUGCAUACAUAUAUGUAUAGAUGUCAUAACUAUGGUUUGAAGCUUGCUGUGCACUUCAGCAUCACAGCUGGAUUAGCUAUGAGACUUCAACAAUGUCAAGUAAUUGUUUUGAUUUUUUAAGAGGAAAAAAUUGGCUUAUGGAGCAGGAUCAUUUUGCAGCAUCCCAAUAUGAGUGAACAUGUGUCAUAUUUUGGUAGAUAUAUGAACUGCCAUGCUGUAACAUUAAACUAGCAUUCCAUAAAAACAAGAAAAUAAAAAAGCCACACUGGCAUUAAUCAGCCCCUUA